GCUCCUGCUCCCGACCUUGAGCUUAGUCAUCUCUAUCAGUUCGAUGUAGCCGUGAGUGUCAACCUCAGCAGGACUGAAUUCCUGCCAUUCAGUCAGUGCAAACUCCUCGUAAGUGCCACAAUGAACCUCUCCCGUUUCCGGUUAAUAACCUUCGACGUGACCGACACCCUCCUCAAAUUCCGCUCGGCUCCGGGCAAGCAAUACGGCGAAGUGGGCGCCAUGUACGGCGUCCUCGUCGACUCCAACUCACUCAGCGCCAAUUUCAAAUCACACUGGCAUAAAAUGAACGCAGAACACCCCAAUUUCGGCAAAAAUGGCCUUGGCUGGCAAAGCUGGUGGAAGCAAAUUGUGGUGGGCACCUUCAAGGACUCUAAAUUGGACCUGGACGACCGGAAACUGGACUCAAUCGCUUCGCAUUUAAUCGAAUUGUAUGAAACCUCCAUGUGCUGGCAGCCCAGUUAUGGGGCUUUGGGGCUGUUGUCGUAUUUGAGACACCGGGGGGUGCCCAUGGGGGUGAUCUCUAAUUUUGACCCAAGACUGGACUCGACUUUGGUCAAUACGAAGUUGAGGCACUAUUUUAAGUUUGUGACAGCGUCUUAUGAAGUCGGAGUGGCUAAACCUAGUCAGGGGAUUUUCGAAAAAGCAAUGGAAAUGUCUGGGAUUAGCGAUAUCAAGCCUGAGGAGUGUCUCCAUGUUGGGAACACCGUUCUUUUGGAUUAUGUUGGGGCCAGGAAGAGUGGAUGGAGUGCUGCGUUGAUACAUGACAAAGACUUGAAACAAGUUAAAGAGAAAUAUCCCUUCGUUAAUGGCAAUUACGUGUUUUCGAGUUUGUACGAACUGCAUAGAUAUUUUUUAGAAAAUAGUGACGUUAAAUUAAGUGCGCAAUCGUUUUGAAUAAGACCAAAGUAUUGUUUUGUUGUAUUUAUUUUAUUUUAUUUUGGAUCAUGUCUCGGAAGACGAAUCUUUAUCUUAUCGCAGUGGAAUGAAUAUGCGAUUCUGUGAAACAAAAUAAACUGUUUUCAAAUCUUA